CAAGCACAAGCACAAGCACAAGCACAAGCACAACAUCAUCACCACCCUCCAACUCACGUCCAACCACAACCACCACAACAGCAUCGCACGGUGUCCAGCCAUUCAUCUCCCAAUAGCAGCACAAGCACAAGCAUCCAUACGAAUAAUAACAAUCACAUGAAUACAAAUAUUCCUGGCACAACGCAAAGAAAGCGUCCACGUAGAAGAUAUGAUGAAAUUGAAAGACUUUAUCAUUGUAAUUUCCCUGGAUGUACGAAAGCUUAUGGUACGCUGAACCAUUUAAAUGCACAUGUGAGCAUGCAACAACAUGUAAGUGUAAAAAAAAAAAAUAGAAAAAAAACCAGAAAUAAGAGAUGGAUGUCCUGUUUUAACAAGUCAUGCCACUUUUUAUAGGGUCCAAAGCGCCAUCCAAAUGAAUUUAAAGAAAUGCGAAAAGAAUGGAGGAGACAAAAGAAAGAAAGAGAACAGGCAAAGAAACAAGCUGAAGCUGCUUUACGUGCUCAAGAACAGCAGCAACAACAGCAACAAGCUCAGGCACAGGCACAGGCACAGGCA